AACUAAAAGGUGUGUCCUCCAGAAACAAAUCACAGGCUCACCUCACAUCUGAUCCUCGGAGGCGGGGAUAAAUUCAGAUUCCAGCUGCACCCUCCUUGCACACAGUGUUGACGAAGGUAGAAAACAGAACAUGAAUAGCCUUCUGUAUCUAGGGUUCUGUCUGCUGCUGUCUGUUGAGAUAGUUGUCAGCAUCAAAUGUGCUCACUGUCAAUUUCAGCACUCGAAAGGUACCUGCCUUGAGCGGAAACGUCCUUGCAGAUUGUACGUGGGGAAGUCUUGCUACAAACAGGCAGUCUACUUUGGAAAGACUCUUCUCUUUUCCAUGAAGGGCUGCAGCACCCAAUGUGUUAAUGUUCAAGAAAAGCCAGCAGAGAAUACCAUCACCCAAACUUUCAGAUGCUGCUCUAAUAAAAGUUUCUGCAAUCUCUAAGUGGUGAUGAGCAGCACCAUAGCAUCUGCUUUCUGAAUGAAGUUUCGAAGGUUGGAAGCUUCCACAGGCCUCUUUUCCAUGAAUACCUCCCAAUCGCAAGACCAAACUAGAGGGUGUGAU